GUGAAUAUUGAGAAGGCAAGUAACCAGUUAACUGAUAAUAAUAUUCGAGAAGCUCUAAAAAACUUGACGGAGCGGCAUUUCGAUUAGAAAAAAAAAUUAUCAACAUUUAACUAGGUUUUUCAAAGUGUAGUAAUGGAAUAUAAAAUUGUUCAAUGAGAAACAGUGAAAAAAGAGAGAGAGAGAGAGAGAGAGAGAAAGAAAACAAAUUUAUUGCAAUUGCUGCAGAUUAUUGUCUUAUUUAGACAUUAGAAAAGAAUAACGAUAAUGAAGAAAGAUAGCAAUGUUUGCGAUUAGUGAGACAAAUGCGCCACCAUCUGUAUACAAGUUCUUUGCACAAUCAUUGAAAGAACACGUGCUAUACCAGAUCGGGUAUUCGGUGAAGGACCUUGUUACUAUCAUACAGUCACUUUACUGCUUCAAUCAGAAUCAGACGUAGUGGGCAUCGAUGCCUUUUCCAAUAAUUCAUCGAACAUUUUCCAUAAAGAUGACGUUUUUCAAUUCAUCAAAUUUAUCCUCAUAAUAAUUAUCACUCCAUCAAAGGACGAAUCAAGGGAGAUUACUCAUUUUUUUUCGUUCUUUAUUAAUUUAUUUAUUCACGGCCAUGGCUCAUUCGAUUCCGGAAAACGAGAGAACGAGGGAAAAUGGAACAAUUGAAAAAAUUCACGAAGAUACGGAAGAUGAUAAAUUUGAGGAGGAGAUUUCCGAAGAUGAUUCUCAACCCCCACCUCCAGAUGGGGGGUGGGGGUGGUUUGUAGUUUUAGGAUCCUUCAUGAUACACAUAGUCACCGACGGUGUGACAUAUUCAUUUGGUGUAUUAUUCGAGAAGCUUAUGGAACAUUUUGAAGAAGGAGCAGGAAAGACUGCCUGGAUAGUUUCUAUUUUAGUUGGCGUUACAUUAAGUUCCGGUCCAAUUGCAAGCGCUCUUGUUGAUAAAUAUGGUUGCCGAUUAGUAACGAUCGUAGGUUCUAUAUUGGCAAGCUUCUGUUUUCUAGUGAGCAUGUGGGCUGAAAAUGUUUUAACAUUGUGUCUUUCAAUAGGCGUUGGAACUGGUUUUGGUUUUGGUUUAAUUUAUUUGCCGGCGAUAGUGAGUGUCACGUGUUACUUCGAAAAAUAUCGUUCACUGGCAACUGGAAUUGCAGUAUGUGGCUCAGGAUUAGGAACUCUAGUUUUUACGCCAUUGUUAGAAUAUUUAGUUGCCACGUUCGGUUGGCGAGGAACAAUGAUGAUUAUCUCCAGCAUCGUUUUAAAUUGCAUAAUAUUUGGAAUUCUAUUUAGGCCAUUAAAGCCAGUUAAGAAGAAAGAAUCCAUAGCCAUGAGAGAAGUGCAGAAAGAAAUCAAAACGGAAACAAAUAUUAUUUCAUCAAAUGGAUUUCAUCGACCACACAAUGAAAUGCAAAAGGAAAGCAGAACGGAAACAAAAACUAUUCAAUUAAAUGGAUUUCAUCGACCACACAGUGUCAGUAACGUGAAUUCGAAAUAUUUCGGAGACAAUAAUUAUACAGCACAUAAUAUAAGAAUAGCUCUAAGUCAACCGAUUCUAAUCACGAAAAAUCGAGAAAACACCGCAAAAUCAUUUGGCAGUGGCUUUAUGAAUCGGCGGGAUAUUUUUUAUCAAGGAAGCGUGGAUAAUCUUCGCCACCGACCAGAGUCACUAUUGAACAGUGUUGAAGAUCUCAAAUUUCACGAGUCAAUUAAAAGUUUACCAAAUGGAACGAAACAAAAAUUCGAAGUGGUUUCGAUAAAGAAGAAAAAAAUGAAUAUAUUUUUGAAAAUGUUGGAUUUCUCGUUAUUAAAAGACCAAAUAUAUAUUAUCUUUACAUUAUCGAAUUUUUUCACUAGCAUAGGCUUUUAUAUACCUUUCUAUUAUAUAUCGAUUCUAGCUCAAGAAAAGCAUAUGGACACUCAUACUGCUAAGUAUUUCAUUGAAAUUAUUGGAGUGGCAAAUACAUUCGGUCGUAUUAUUCUUGGAUAUUUUUCUGAUAAACCCUGGAUUAAUCGACUAAUUGUCUACAAUUUGUGUUUGACACUUUGUGGCGUUGCGACGGCAUUUAGUACAUUUUGUGAGGGUUUUACAAGUCUGGCAAUUUAUGCUAUAGUAUUUGGUUUCACUGCUGGAGCGUACGUGGGACUUACAUCUGUGAUUUUAGUUGAUCUUUUUGGUCUCGAUAAAUUAACAAAUGCAUUUGGUUUACUUUUGCUUUUUCAAGGUAUCGCGUCAUUUUUAGGACCACCUAUUGGAGGUUGGUUAAAAGACGUGUAUGGAACGACAUAUCCAGCAUUUUAUUUAGCAGGAGUAAUGAUAGCACUAAGUGGCCUUAUGUUAUUUAUUAUUCCUCCUGUGCAAAGGAGGUUGCAAUUACGAAGAGAACAGAAUAAAGGAGUAAUUUAUAGUUAUAAUCUAAUUUAAUUAAAUUUUAAUAAACGUUGUAUUUUGUUAAAUAUUA